AUGCCACAUGCGUUCGAAUGGAGGGUGGCCUUCGCGCCAAUCAGGGCGCCUCGCCGCCAGGCGUGGAUGCAUCAGGCCAGCCUACGCGAUUACCGUGUGGCAGCAAUCUGGCAGGGCCCGGAGAGUGUCUCCCUUCAAUUUCCCUUCCGCCUCAUGCUAUACCGUCCGCCGUCCCCAGCUCUUGUAGCCCUACCAAACAGCCCAGACCCUAUAAACAAGACCGAAGCAGCCCAGCGUCGCAAGCCAAAAGCUUGCUUCCCCCAGCCCACGAGGUUAAACUAUCCUUUGCUUCUGGAAGCUCCUGCUUCCGGACCUGCGACGCCGCCAAGCCAACCUUCCCAGGGGCAUUGCGGCUCUGGCGUUGCCCACCCCUACACCUAA